AAGUGUAGAAUAAAUGAGGUUAGAAAUGUACAAAACGAGUUGCAUCAGGUUGAUUCGAUGGAAAUCUUGAAAGGACAAUCGAAAGAAAGUAAGUUCCCUACAAAAGAUUUAUUAUUUUCAAAUGAAGUUAUAGGGAAUCAGGUGAACAAUCAGGUAAUCCGGAAGAGAAAAAGAUCGGUUUAUGGUUAUGAGCAGACGGAGAAGGAUAUAGGUAGCACUCCGGAGGCCAUUAUAGGGAUUAGACAGAAGCAAAAUGCUAAAUCUGUGAAGAAUCGUGUCGAGUGGUAUCAUGAGCUUCAUACGCGAUUAAUGAAUAGUCCAGUGACUGAUCCAAGGCCACACUCAAGAAAAUCAGUCAGUAGUACUGGUGCUGGUGCGAGGCAGAGCCAUGUUUCGGUUCAAGAACAUGCUGGGAAGAGCCAAAGGUUCAACUCAAAGUCACACAUCUUCGACAAUACGACACUAGACCUUGGGAAAUAUGUCAAUCGGAAUUCAUUAUUAGGCAACAUCGGUAACCAAUUGGAAGUAAAUGAAACGACUGACAAACAAUCGUAUCUUAAAGGAAGGAUUAAUCAGAUUCGACGUGCAUAUUGGACUAACAAUGAAUCAGUAGGAAAAACAGGUUCUGUAACCAGACAUGACAAUAUGCUUGGAGUUGGAGCUGAUGUAAAUCGUAGUUCUAGAUGUGAUGGAUCGAGUACGAGCAGCAUACUGCAGCGUGCUGCUACUGAGAUGACAUUUUCUUCGACGAAAUGUUAAAUUUUUAACUUAACUGAUUUUUUUUGGGUUUUACAGAUACAGAGUGAUUACACAAACAAUGAUCUCAAGAGCUUGGGCUUUAGCUCAAGCAGUUAACGAGUGAAACCGAAGAGAUCGAGAUGAAACUAGUAUGCACCUGAAGAA